AUGGACACUGGUGGUCUUGCUCAAAUGACUUACAACUCUUCCUUCAAUAAUGGCGGCUCCCUGGGCGUUCCCGGGUCUGGCUUCGCUUCACGCGGCAAAGGCUCUCAUAUCAAGCGCCUGAGUGUUCCUCCUCAAGUCGCCACCAUCGACGAGUCCCAGGCAUCGGCCUCGAUCUCAACCCCGCGCACCAGUCGCUCUCACCUCUUGGCUGGAUUGCGCACUGCCCCCAAAUCUGCGACGAUCCCUUCUCACCAUCAACAGCGAAGCGGCAUCGAAGGUUCCCGGUUUCCCAGCUUCCCGAACCGAGGAGCUGAUCGGGUUCCACAAACUGCGACUGGAGCUGGAUUCCCGCAGCAGCCGUACGCGCACAAUCAGAACAUGAAUACGCACCACAACUCCCAACAAGGCUCGCACAAUAACCGCAUGUCCUAUACCAUGCCGGAACAGGUACUCGCGCCCCCGAUGCUAGAAAUGGCUGGUGGCGAUAUUCCUCUCGACGAGAGCAUGUAUGCAGAGCUGAUGUCAACCAACUUGUUCCUGGCUGCGCAGCAACAGCGCUUACAGCAGCAACUGAUCAGUGUCACUGCGGCAGCUCAACAAUUCCAGAACCUCAAUUUGGGAUUGUCUCUUCAGCAGCAGCAGCAACUACACCACCAGCAGCACCUGCCUUCCAUGUCUGAUGCCAAUCUCGGUUUCUAUCAGCAACAGCUUCAGCAGGGUGUUCAACCUAUUGUGCAACCUGUUCCUGGACAGCCUGGAAUGUACUGUGUAUUCAACCCUCUCACUGGCCAGCAAAGUUUCGUCAUGGACAACAACUCCCAGGAGGAUGCUCCUCCCCAGUCUCACCAUGAUUCUCAAUCCUAUUACGGCCGGCAGGUACCCCAGUUCCGUGCUGAAAUAUCUCCUCCCGCCGAUUCUGCGCAGUCUCCUAUGCAGUUCCCACAGUCGGUUGCCCGCCCCACUGGCAGCCCCUCUCCGCCCCACGAGUCAUCCGUCAAUGCCCUUCGCCGAGGUCAUCGCAAGAACCCUUCGUUCAACCCAGGAAUCAAGACAAACAUUGACACUACCAAGGCCAACAUAGUCCCUGGUCCUCGGUCCGCUGCCCUUCCACCAACUCCGGCCACUGGAACAUUUGGUCCUGGUCAAGGUCGUGCUGGUGAGCACCCGGUGCGCCAACCUCGCGGGCCUCCCUCGCUUGAGGAUCUUGUGGCCAAGCCAACAUCGAAACACGAGGGCAGCAAGAACUUUGCGACUCGUCAACGACGUCGCGCUGUUCAUAAUUUGGUUCGUGCAGGCAUCGAGCGCCGUGGUGAUACGCGCAGUUUUGGAUAUCAAAGUAGCGGGGGUACCAACACCCCUGCAAGUGAGAAGGAAUUUACCUUCUCUGAUGGAGAUGAUGCCACUGUUCGUAGCGGGGGCAGCCUCUCCAGCAAGCCCAGCCUCGGGAGCCUACGGGCUGUGGCUAACGGUGCCAUUGGCUCCGAGAGGAAGGAGAAGUCUGGCAGGGAUCGCAAUUCCCCGGACAGUCCUUUCCACAGCGCUACCCCGACUAGUGAGGAUGGCUACUUUGGAUCUAAGUUUGUGGAUGUUCGAGGGGACUAUGUUCCCUCGCCUAGUGCCAGUGGUACCUCGUCGCCCUCAGUGGCUGCUGUUGUUGCUGGCCAGGGGCCGACAGCCCAAGCACCAGAGCGGCGCAAGACGCCUAUGCUGGUGCUGUCCAGUGCUGAAAAGCGCAAGACCCCUUUCAUGUAA